AAGAGCUGGAACGCAACGGUGGUGGAAAUCAUUGAACAAGAAAAUGCUGCUUGCUGAACAAGCACCAGCAACACACAGGCAACUCUGCUCUCUCUCUCAAUGAUUCCACCACCAUGUGCUGUACCAUCCUGGCACGGGUGGUAUCCCCAAAUGGGAACGUUUCGUUCAGGGCGCAACGAACGCAACAAGAACAACAAACACAAUCCCAGAACGGUACAAAUAUUGGGGCACAGUGAAUAUGUACGUGUGCAUGUGUGUGUGUUUACCAAUGUGUGCUCCCACAAGCGAGUGCAAUGUAAUGAAAUGCAGUGAAAGGUGAAUUGUGCAAAAAUAUGCCACAUAAACAGUGUGUCAACAGUCAACGCUGGGCUGGGAUUCGGUACUGUACGUGCUCGAGCGAUUGCGUUCGUGCCUCGUUCCUCUUGUUUGCUCAUUUCCUUCUCCGUUUGGUCUCAACACGACACGACGACAGGCAGCAUAAAAUGUUGCAACACUGGCAUGUUUCACCUAGGCAGCAGCAGCAACAGCAGCAGCAGAGCACCGUCUGGCAGGUGCUGUAAAAUGUAACAAUCGAUUCUGCUCUUGGGAAGGCGACGAGGAGAGUGUACUGGUGGCAUUCAAUCCAUCCGGCAUCGAGGGAAUGGAAAAAAGAGGAACAAAACGAACCGGUUACAACAAAUCAAACACAGUCUACAUGUAAAACAAAACAGUAUACACACACACACACACACACUGACGAAAGGGCAAGGGAUUACGUGAGAACUUCAAAUCAACUAUUUCUGACAGUGCUUCGGGGCAGCAGCAGCAGCAGGCAGUUCGCUUAUCGAAUCAAAUCCCUACUGCACCCUACUGUGGCAGGGAGUAGUGAGUGAAGAGAGGGGCCUUUGAAAUCCAAUUCAAAUCACAUUUCACAGGGCCGUAGCUCUGCGUUGUUGCGAAUACGUAAAAUGAAAUUUACAUCUCGAUUCAAGCCCUACAAUGUCCAUCUCUCCGUUGCGCCCUUCCGUUCCGCUCGGUUUGCAUUGUGUUCGUUUUUUGUUCGUUCGUUUGCUUAUUUUUUCCUCCUUUUUGAGGGACUACCAACGCGGCAUCGCUUGAUCGCUAGAGAGCGUGCUCGAAUCGGCUCGACCGUAAAGUGUGUUAAAAUUGGGAAACUAUGAAAAGGGAGGAACAGCGCACAACCCGAAGAGGGUGUUGAUGGGUAAUGAAUAGGGAGAGAUACUGCAGCAAAGUGGCAAAGGAAAGAAGGCGAUACAAAUUAGCAUUUAUUUGGACUGCAACUACAAUGAGUGUCAGCGCUGAAGUUGCUUCAGCAUCGUCAAAGGAACUUGUCUCUACGUCAACUUAUUACGCUACGCUUACUUCACCAAGUACUGUACAAUAGUUUGCUUGAUGGAAAUGGCAAAAUAAAACGAUAUACAAGGUUUUCUUUUUUUCGAUUAUCCAUGCCUGAAAAACACAUUGCCUCCAACCUCAAACUCUUUGCCACACACUUUCAAUCACAACCAGUUUUCAUUUGCAUACCUUCAUCUAAAUCCAUCCCAUCCAUUCCGGUAAUGAAAUCCAAGCAUUCCAAACACAUCCGGUUAUCCAUAAAGGAAGGCUACAGAUACAUAUGCUGUGGCAAAGGUACACGAAAACAAGCCUUACCCAUAAGGCCUUAAGGUGAUGGCUUAUCGACAGGCCGAAUACACAAACGAGCGGAAUGAUUGAUUAUUUUGUAACCCCUUGGAAAUUGAUUUUAGAUUAUCUGUCCUAGAAUAUCACCCGGAAGCAUCCAACCUUACCGCCUCACAGUAACUACUUUUUUGUUCUGAUCGUAUUUCUUCUGCCAUGCAAAUGCAAAAACUAGCCGAUUUGGUGUGGUCAACCUCUUUAUAACCCCAACGGAAAAACAAACCCAAUCACACAAGAGUGUCCCCUCGUUUGCGUUUUGUAUCAUUUAGUGAAUCGAUUUGUCUGUUUGUUUGUGCCCAUUCACCCCACGAGAAGCGGGUUUUGGUGUUUUUUUUUUCUUUUUUUGGGAAAUGACCUUGUCUCGUAACGACUUUUUAAUGAUGGUUUUACACUUCGUCCCGUUCGAAUGGGUUCUUUUAAGGAUGCAUGGGGAAAUGAAAUCUCUAGAGCAAAACACGAACACCCUGAUCCUGAUGAAUUGAUGGAUUUAAAUGAUAAUUUUCUUUGUCGUUAAGAUACAAUACGUUACAAUCUGCUCGAAUUUGCGAGUUUAGAGUCAAUCUAAUACGUAUCACUCGUUCAAACAAUCGCUAAACUUCGGCUUGUACGUGCUUUCGACACCGAUUGCAUACUGUGCAGGCGAAUCAUCCCUAAGCGCCCGCAGCUAUGCAAUUUCCAUAGCAAUCGUAAGGCGAAAAGGGAGAAAUUCAACCCGAACUUCCGAUUGCAAAACUUAAACCACCACAAAGUUCAUCCAACUCAUAUAUGCUCGCACGUGCCCAGCCAAAGCAUUUCCCCCACCACAAACUGUGAAGCUCGUUUGACCUACAAUUCCCGUUCGGAAUGGCACCAUUUUUGCAUGUUUUUUUUAGUAUCACACUUGCUGAUCUAGAUAGACCGAUGCAGCUGAGUGAGUUUGAAAUUCACAAACCAAAAUCACACCACCCAACGCCUCGAGCGCCUUGCAUAUACGUCCCCACACACAAUACUCUACACCUCGAGCGUACACAUGAUUUAUUAUUCAUGCGCACCCAGUUUUCGUUCGUGCCGCACGAUACCCUGGCUCCGUCGGUCGGUGACACUUUCAGGCCAUAAUACGUGUCCAUAACCGCGAGCUGAAGGGCUACCCUCCGAUUUUCCGUUCUAGAGGAGAGCUAAGCAGCCGGAUCAGCGACCAGUGGAUCAGUGAAACGUCCGCAAACGACUGAAGUGUUUUGUCGAAAACCACCGCCGCACACACCGCAUUUGGAAAACACUGGCACUGGAAGAUGUUUUAUUUUUACCAUUUCGGGUAAGCAGCUUUCCAAAUCGAGCAGGGAUUAUGCUGCCAUUUUCCCCGCAGCAACAGCAGCACAAUGUUUAUCUUCAUGCAUGAGCGAGCCCGGCUGCACAAUUGCAAAGUUUUAAGUGGCUUCUUGAGCUACCCGCCACUGACCUAGGCGUGCUUCAAGGCGACAAGGAAACACGGACCGAACCUUACCGAGAGCCGCCGAGUGAUCUAUUUUACUUUUCCUUUGUGUGUUUGCGUUUGCCACGCUCACUCCGCCCCGCCGGAGUAAUGCACAGCGGGACCCUUUUCACGUUUUUGGAAUGAAACCGUUCAUCCUACCCUAUUCAACGGCGCAAAAGAAUGGAGAAAGGUCAAAGGGCUAACGAGCAUUUGCUCGAUCGUAAUUUCUUGCUGCCGUGGGCAAAGCACAGACCGCAACUUUGGCCGCCUCGUCGCUUACAUUACAAGCGGCCCACAAGCCGACCCGCUUUACAGCCCACUGCGUUUAUCUCUGGCGUGUAGUGUACCCGGAGGCGCAGUGGGUUGAGAAAAUUAUAAUUCCAUCCCCACCCCAACCCGUCCAUCCCGAGCACCGAAACGCCCAUCCAAAUCUAGGUUGAUAACUUCAUACACCCGCCCGAAGGUUCGCUUUUGUUUUGAAAUUUUAAUUUUGACAUUUCGCGUCCAUUUUUGUGAUAGUACCAAAGGCGGUGCCAAAAUGUGUGUGGGACGCCACAACUGGUGAAAUAUGGUGCACAGCGCAAAAUGAAACCAGCGCACACUGCGUGCUGCGUGAAAAGGCGGCCGUUAAAAGGCCUGUUUCGCUGACCGUGUUGCAUACAUUCAGGCGCUACGAAACAGUGAGCUUGAAAACGCCUUAGAAGCAUUUCAAAACGCAGUUCACUUUGGCGACACACAAACACACACACACACACACUUCGGACACGAUACGGAGAAAGCGUGUCAACGUGUCUGAGACGUGUGCUAAAUCUCAUUGGAAGUUGGUGAAAUGAAAUUUUAAAAAUUCAUAACCUAAACCCUUCCAGCAAGCACACACACACCCAGCCGGAUCCGGUGGGAGCUCGUUGGACGGGGGGAAAGUCCAAUCCAUCCGUCUGCCGGUCGGCCGUGUGCUCCAUCAAAGUGUCAUUUAGUGCUGGUCAUCUAGCAGGCGUUGCUUGUGGGCGACAUGUUUGUGUCCACUCACGGCCUCUCUUGCCAUUCCGCCCCGCCUUCCCCCUCGUACUGUUGUUUGAAAGAGAAAUGUCAACCAAGGACGCAUCGGCACCGUCUUGGAGUAAUGAGACAGUCUUUGUCAGUGACAUUCGCACCAACACCGCCCAACACACGGAGCUGAUACCCGAGGCGGGUACACGCUGUAUCAUAUACGGUUCUGUCGUUUAGCUUCUUUUCACCUCUCCAAGGUGCCAUUUCUCACCCAGGCACGCGCUUCCCCACACAAACGUAUGGCUUCGUAUGGUUUUUGCUGUCAGGCAGCAGCAACAUUCAAAGAAUAACCACCGCUUUCAUCGUUUAAUGGCCAAAAAAAAAACAAGUCAAAGCAAAACCCGUGCGGCGAAAUGCUGUACCCCGCUCGCUUCAAAGGUAAAUGAAAACCUGCCCACGGCGUACGCACUUGCAUACUUGCAGGCGCUGCCAAAUGUCAAAGGUCAUAUCGGGCAGGAGCGAAUUUUGAGCGAAAUCGUACACAGAGCGCCACGUCCCUCCCCCGCACCUAAUGCUUCCCGCAGCGAGCAGAGGUGUUCAAUCAUGCUUUUCAUGAGUGUUUGUUUCAGAUCGCUCAGAAGAGGAAGAAAAAUUAAAAGAAAUGAAAAAGCCACUCUAUUUAUUUUGCCAUUCUGGUGAGGACCCGUGAUUCGGGCGUACCAUUUCCCAGGAAUCGAACGAUAUUUCCACCGAAUACAUGAUUAAUUAACCUGGCGGCCUCUGAUCGGCAAUGAAGUCAUCCAAACGAUUGCUAACCCAAUCCCAAUAAUGGCCAAAAAGACACAUGAAACCUAACCAUCACCACCACCGCCACGCAAACACACACACAGCCAUGCGAAGGCGUGGAGGCGAGCAAAUGGCAAAGGCAACAAUUCGCCUCGAAGCGAAAUAAGUUUCCUUUUUUUUCCACCGCCAACGCACGAAAACCCGGUUCGGUCGGUGUAUAUUGCACCAACACGCUCACUCGUUACUCGCAAAGCCAACCCACCUACACACACACACACACCUUGUAAAGCACUAAACGGCCCCAGUCGAGCUAGCGCGUUUUGCGAGCUUGAUGGCUUCAACGACCGGAGCCCAGCGUUCAUAUCCGUUCCGUCCGUCCGUCGACGCUGACAGGCAGUACUUUCGUGUGUAUGGUUGUCGCUCGCUGCAGCACUGCGUUGUAACGUGUACCUGCGAUGGGUUGUGCGAGGAAAGUGCUGUGCGUGUAGUGUGCUGUGGUACGAACAACGUCACGUCGCGGAUGUAAAUGCAUCCGUGGGUCUGGCCUUCCGGGAACGCACAAGUGCUGCUGCCGAUGAAGUUGCGCCUGAUGGGGCAAGGUUUACGCCUAUUUGAGCACCCCCAAAAUGUCGAUAAACGGCUUGUGAACGGCGGUGUGUGCGGUGUGAGCGUUGCAGCUGCCACCAACUCUUCCGUUGCGGACCAGUGGUGCCACCCAGCAGUGCGUUAGCGGUUACAGUUUCUUUGUGGAGCGUUCGUUUGCAGCGUUAAACUGUGGAGAUUUCGGCCGAAAAGUGAAAAUAAAGCGGCUUCCGACACGCGGAUGGUGGUGAUGCAUGGAUACAACGAACAAACAGCCCCCGUCAGCGGCUAGAGCACAGCAGCAGCAGCAGCAACAGCAUCACAAACUUCAUCCCGAGCAGCAGCAGCAGAAAAAACUGCGCACGCCGGACACGUCAUCCACCCUUCUUCCAUCGCAGCAACAACCGAUCACGGUACAAAGGGAACAACUGCUACUGCCAACGGCACAGCCGUUGCCACAGCAACAGCAGCAGCAACAGCAACCAUCGAAACCGCUCCAGCUGCACCUGCAGCCGGAGCAGCAGGAACCACUAUCGGCGAUACAGGAAAAAUCAACCGAACACGUCCACAUCUGUCCCGCGCCAGCGCCGGCAGCACCGGGCAGGGUCGAAACGCCGGGCCCGAAAACCGGACCCAAAGACCGGGACCAACCGGCCGUCGGGCCGCCGGUGUCCUUUUCCUUCUACAAGACAAUCAAUACGGUGAUCAAGAGCAGCCGCAAGAUCAUAGUGCGCGUUUGCGAGGUGACCAAUGUGAAGACCAAGCUCAAGAUGUUCAACCUCUACUCGACGAUGAACAAGCGCAACGGCGCGGACGAUAAGGAGGCGAAGGAGGUCGAAACGACCGGUCACGAUCGGUUCUGUCAGGAGCGGCCCUCGAGGUCGAGCUACCGGCGGAAAAAGAGAAAAAUGCGCCGUGCCCAGUCGGCGGCCGAGUUCCAGGAGCCACGCACGGAACCCCCGCUUACCGCGGCCAGCAAACGCAUGCUGUUCAGGGGUCGCUCCAUCAGCUCCGAGCACGACAACAACUCGGAAACGGAACAUUCCGAACGAUCGCCACUGGUCAGUGCCAAGCUCGAUUCGCUCGCCAAGUUCCUGUUCAGCCGGAGCCUGCUGCAGGAAGGCACGAGCGCGGCCAAAGAGAACGAUUCGCCGACAAGACACAGCGUACGCUACCAGCAGUAUACGGCACUGGACAGUGGCAUCGGGGCGCCGGAUCGCAGCCCGCGCGAACGAGCGGCCCGGGAGCGAGCGUACGCCGCGUGCCAGGAAUGGCUGCAGAACACGGGCGGCCGGUACGAGUCCAUCGCACACCUAGAUGACAUCGGGUCGCGCUCCAAUAAGCACUGGUUCCUGCUGAACGACUGCACGAUACGUACCGAUCGGUUGAUGACACUGCUACCAUUACCUCCCGACUGUAUUGCCUUAGAGGAGCUGCCCCCGUCUGAGUGUCCCCAGGGUGUGCUGAUGGAGCUGCUCGGCUCGCUGCAGCAUCCGUACAUCUAUCCGGUGCUGGAUCUUGGGUUUUUCCCCUCCGACUCGCACCAGUACACCAGCCUCGUGAUGCCAUUCAAUCCCCGCGGCAGUCUGAAGGAUCUGAUCUACAAGUCUCAAUGGAACGAACCGUGGAGUCGCAAGUACACGCGAAAGUCCACCUGUUUGCCCCUGUCGCAGGUGCAGCGGCUCGGGCGACAGAUACUGGAGGCGCUGCUGUUCCUUCGCGAGCGCGGCAUUCCAUCGCACGGCCAUCUGCACAGUGGCAAUGUCAUCCUGCAGAACGGAGUCGCUCGAUUAUCCGGGUUGGAGAACGGGCUGCUUGGAUUGAACUCGCGCGUUAAUGCCGUCAUCUGGGCCCGGUCCGCGCCGGACAUCGACAACAUCGACGUCAUCUGCUUCGGCCAUCUGCUGUUCGAGAUGUGCGCCGGGUACGAGCUGACCUCGCCGCAGCCAACGCCCGGCCACUAUCAGCUCGAUCUCGAGCGGUACCCGCAGGUGGUCGAUGUGCUGCAGAUGAUCUUCGAGUCGCCGGAUGGCCGCUACCCGACGGUGGAGGAGCUCGUGCUUUGUGAUAUUUUCCGCAAUAUCGAUUUAAGAGAAAUGCGAGGAACAUGUGUGCCUUCCUUCAAACACGGUUUGAGCAGCUCCACCCUGAGCUUACUGAAUGCGGUCCGGCGUCGCCAGGGUGCCAUCCUGAGCGGUUCGUACAGCGAGGGCAGCUCGCCCUGCACACCACCGUCGACGCCGCGCGAUCGGAAAACCGGUGAUGUAGAAUCCUCCGAUCUGUCUAGUAGUGAUUCUGAAGAUCUGUUAGAUGAAAUAGUUAUAGCGUCAGCCCGCAUCGACGAUCCAUGCCAUUACGAUCCACUGAGCUCGCCGAUACAUUACUGUGACAAUAAUGUCCACUCGGACGAUAACAGCAAUAGUAACAACCACAACAACAACACAAUCAUUCGUAUAGAUUCGAUCGAAGAAGCGCACGGGUCCGGCACGUCGCCGUCGUCGGGGGCGGCGGCUGCGUCGGUGGCGGGCGGUUCGGGCGGCCCGGCGGCCGGUGCGCCCGUCUGUCUCAACCCGUCCUCCGCGUACAAGAACUCCAAGUCGCGCCGCAUGGAGUACAGCCGGCGCGGCAUGAUGCUCGGGCUCAGCAACCCCUCGCAAGACUCCGCGUUCGGUUCCAUGACGGACGGCGAAUCGUCCAGGGCGUCCAGCUUUAAGCUGAGCAGCUUCGCCUCGAUGAACUCGCCGAUCGACGAGGGCGUGGAGGAUCUGCUGGCGGAGCAGAUAGGGCUGCCGGCGGCCGGUACCGCCACCGGGACGGACAACCUCGCGACCACGAUUGCCAACAUGAAGUACAUCGAUUCGACUGGGUCGUCCCCCUGCCACGACUAUCAUCAUCACCAGCAGCAGCAGCAGCAUCAGUCGCAGAUGCUGCCGCAAACGUCCGGCUACGGCACUGUCGUGUGUGCGGUGAGCAGCUCCCGAACGGAACCCUCGAUCGCAUCGCGUGACAUCUCGCCCAGCCCUGGGCCUCGCUUUCUGGAGCCUCCCAAGCUCAUGAUCAACAAUCACUCAUCCACGACGACGAACUCAUCGCUCUGCUACACACUCUCCCCGCUGCGCAAGUGCGCCACGACCGAGGUGUUCUCGCAGAAGUAUCGCGUCUCCUCGUUCGAGGACAUGUCGUACAACUCAAUCGCGCGCAAGUCAAUCAAAAACACGAGCCGCAAGAUCUUCCGCUCGUUCGAGGAGGAGCGGCGCAUCGAUUCGGCCUUCAUGCCGAUCGACACGACGCGGCCGCCGGCCCCACCGUCGGGCGGCAAACUUCAGCAGCAACUCUCCCUGCCGCCGAUGCUGACCCCGUCGCCCAAGCACGUGCCGUCGCCGGUGUCGCCCUCGCGCAAGUACCACACCGCGCAGUCCUACCAGAACCUGCACACGAUCGUACCGACGGCCCGGGAGCGCGGUUUGCAGUGGCGCAGCAACUUGAUCAAAUCGAACGAGUGUCUGUUCGAGACGUCGUUCAACAGUGUCUCGCCCGCCGCACAGCACCACCAUCACCAGCAACACCAUCAGUUCCGCUCAGUGUCCAGCUUUUCCGGCAGCCAUCAUCUCCGGUCGCACGGUUCGCAGGAUCUCCCCACAACCGCGAGCGGCAGUGAGAUGAGUUGCGACCGGUUCAUCCUUACCCCGGAACCGCUCCCACCCGGCAGCCCGUCCCGUACACCCUCCGUCACGUCCACCGCAAUCUCGUCCCCGUCCGCAUCGCUCGCGUCCACGAGCCGGAUGCGCCCGAACCGAACCGACCGGCAGCAGCUCUUCUCGCUCGCCCGGUUCAAGCACAGCACAAUCCUGGACAGUGUGUCCAUCGAGGACUUCUCCUCGGAAAUGUCACUGCGCGGGGCGGCCUCGACCGUCUCGCGGCGCUCCAACAGCCCGGCCAGCCCCUCCAGCCGCAGUGCGGCCAGCGGUGCGUCCACCUCGUCCACCGGCGACGGGGCGACCACGCUCGAGUACGAGGCGAAACCGCUCACCUCCGACCUUACCUGCACGUCGGACGCGUCCGACACGACCAGCGAGGAUGCGACCAGCGUCAGCACGACGGACACCUCCCUGCUCAAGUCACCGGUGCCGCAGCGGACGACACCGGCGGCGCCCCCGCUGUCCGGCGAGCAGCACUACAUCGUGCGCCACAAGCAUGCCGCGCGCGACGUACGCCAGUACCUGGACGAUGGGGCGGGCGGGCCGGCCGGCGACGAGUACGGGGCCAGUGGCAGCGAGGAGAAGACGCCCCUGCUGGACGGUAUGGAGCUGUCGCCGAUCUCGCCGACCGAAUCGGAGCAAAUGUUGUGAUAAUAUCUGGGCUCGGUCGGGUGCGCCAGCCGCUUCUCCGAUGACUUUGGCGACUCUGUUCAGGCCGAGAUACUGCUGUAACUCCACUGCGCUGGGUGGACGGGAGAGAUACGGAGCGAGAGGGAGACAGAAUGAACUAGAAGAAGAAGAAGAGGAAGAAGAAUAAAAACAGGUCACUUUUAAUCAGUCAGCAUUUAGGCGUGCCAGAGAUGAUGAUGAUGAUGAUGAAGUUACAUUUUACUAACCAUUUUUCCAAAAAAAAGUAAAAACUCAACCUCCUACCCCACGAGUAUGAAAACUAUUCCAAAUUGCAUGGUAGCUACUUGAGUACUACUCAGACUAAUUAUAUGAUGAGAGGAUGUGCGGUGCAGCCACUCACGUCUAAACCGGGUUGGUUCGAUUUUAAACACGAUCCUUAGGUACUAGAUCUCCCGAAAACAGGGAAGCGGGUGAAUUGGGAACAUCUGCCCGCGCGUUAUACGAUAGAAUAUAUGUACAGACAUAUUCCUGACUAGAGCCUGCCACCUGUCUUUUCUAGUGUAGCGUGUUCAGCUUCUAAACCCCGGUCAAGUAUGGCCGGAUUUUACAUUCAACUUUACACAAUCAAACAGGGAACUAGAGAACUACCGACCGUUUUUUCCCCCUUCAAACCUGCACACUAUACCCAGUGUGAGCAUUAGUCCAGUCCAAGUCAAGACAGUCAGUAGGUAGUAGGCUGUAUUACAACACGUUUUUCCCUUUCUGCAUCUCUCUCUCCAAGUAGGCUAGUGGUAACAGAGUUCCAUCUUGCUCACUUUUUUCUCUCUCUCUCGCUCUCUCUCUCGCUCUCUCUCUCUCUCUCUCUCGAAAGUAAAACUCCCUUGAAUUCAUGGGCCACCAAAACAUUCCUGUCUAUCGGUGCCAAGUGCCAAUUGUCCUGAACGAUACGCCACGUGAGAAACUGCAUCCCCCCAAUCCAGGAGACAAAAAAACAGGCGCGAAAUGUAAACCAAAGGAAAGGAACUGCAAGAACAAACUGUCAAUCAAGAUGUAAUCAGUAUUGAAAUGAUAAAAUAUAAUGAUAUAAACAAGGCUAAGGAUGGCUCUGCGCGUGGUCAAGCUCCGUGCAGUAUAUAUAUUUUGGAAUGCGACUUAACGUUAAAGCUAACCCAUCCGACGUUACAUUAGGGCCACAGUAAGUGUCAGGAAGCACCGUAAUGGCAUGCAAAGCCAAAGCAGGCGAUGAGAUGCUAAGCGAUAAUCGGUUUAUAUUUCUAGCUAUAGAGCUCGGGCAAACAAUAUUAACUCCUAAAUCCACAGCUGAGGGAUAUCGAAAGCGGGCAGCGGGAUGUGACGAUGGGUGGGUUUGGAUAUAAAAGCUAUAUAAAACAAACGAAUAGGUAGUAGGCUAUAUUAUACACAUCCAUACAAUUAUUUUAGACAACAUCAUCGAUCGACGGGUUAAAACAAUUUGCUUGAACGGUGUGAACGGAGUCCGAGACCGGGGUGUUAUGAUUAGGAGAGCGGCGAAGAAGGAAAAACGUGUAAAACUGCAUCGCAAUGUCACGAUCUAGCCAUGUAAGGACACUAGCAAAAUCUUGAAAAUAUCAAUCAAACCCCGUUCACUUGUUUUUGUACCCUUGUGUGUAUGUGCUCGAGCGACAAUUCCUUUAGUAGUAACGAGAACCCCGUUAGUAGUAAUGAAGCCCCUUUAACGACAGUUUUAGCUCGUAACUCGUAAAGAAGAAUAAAAAAGAAAACUAUUCACAUUGAGGCCAAACAACAAAUAAAACAAAAAUAAACAAAAACACAUUCAUAAGAGAAAACGUGUUCGAAGCGUGUUACUAAGAAGAAAUUCAUAUACUGAAACAUAUUUUCCUAUGGUAACUGUUUGUGUUUUGACCUGUACAUCACGAUUAUUAAUCAUUUAUAGCAUUUAAAUCUUUCUUCACUGUACCUCUCCACGACUUAUAUUACUUUUAGUCUUACUAUUUUCCUCUAUGUUGCUACUUAUAAGAUGUAACAAUAAAGAAGCUUGUGAAAACUAGAACUAUAGAAAAGGCAAAUGAAAGGAGAGACAUAGAGAGAACAAGUGCAUCUGUAUAAAGCUCCAUCCAAAAAAUACAAUUCAUUACACUAACUCGCUGCAAAGCAAACGAGAGCAUAACAACAGAUUCGAUGGUAACCGUUGAUAGAACAAUUUCACAAGAACCGUCCCUUAUAAUCACAAUACAUCCUUUUUAGGGAAUAAUAAAAAUGCUAAUAAAAAGGGCAAAUUUGUUUCCUUGCCAUCUUGUUCGAACCAAAUCACCAAACCACCCUUCUUCUUUUCUCCCUCUUUUCUUUCCCCCGUUUUCAAGCCCAAGAAGACGUUCAAUGGUAAAAAAAGAGAGACAACAACUCAUGUGUGUAUCUGUAGGUAAAUACGGUAUAAAAUAACACAGGAAAUUAAUUAACUGCUCAAUUGACACCGUACUAACACAUAAGUACGUAUGAAUAAAUAGGAACAAAAAACUGAUAAAAAUAGUGAAAGCCCAACGCACUAAAUGGUUUUAGUUUCACGGGUCCAAUGCUAAACAUCGAUCAAAAUGAAAAAUCCCGAACAUAAGAAAAUGGAAUAAGUGUAAGCAAAUAGAGAGAAACAAAAGAGAGAAACAAAUCUUAUUUUUUAUCCAAUAAGAGCAAACUCUAUCGUUCCAUUUGAUGCUUACUGACAAAAAACACAGCCCACACAUGAUUCAGCUUAUUACAAUAGGAAAACAUUCAAUCAACAAUGCUAAAACCAUACAUAUUGGACAAAUACAAAUAGAAGAAGAAGACAAAAAAUUAAACAAAUGGUACAGAAUACAAUCAAUGAGAAUCAGAUCGUGCGUAAGAUGGGAAAGAUAGAGAGAGGGAGAAAGAAGAGAGGAACGAAAGAGCAAAUCUAUAAUAGUUCAGUAUAUAAAACAUUCGAGCUUGAUCAUUCUAGUAAAACAGAAAGAUGAUGAAAUAUAACGUACAUAACGCGACACGAUCCCGAUGGUGCAAGCAGUGGUGCAAACCAAACCCAAACUUUACCAACAAAUCUUGUAGCAUGAACCAACACAACAUAGAAUGUAACCUUACACUAACAACUUGCCAACCGAACAACAAAAGGAAAAACAAAUAAUAUCUAAAACACAGGAGAUAUGUCACAGAUCUCGCCAAAACCCAAUAACUCGGAAGGAUUCGUUCCCUUGCUCCUGGUGUCUGGGUCUGGGUGGUCGGAGGGAAAACCCCCUGUACUACCAGAACCAGAACCAUCGAGUGUCAACCGAAGUACGUAAAUAAAGGUAGGGACAUAGGCACGUACGCUUUCCAUCAGCGAGUCCAUUAUAACAUUCUACCAUUCUUUACCGUUAAUGCUAAAAAUCUUAUGAACAGAGCCCCCCCCCCCUCCCUCCCAAUCUCGCGACGAAAUCAAAAAGCUUUAACCACGCGUCGUCAUUUGUGUUCCCUACCCCCCCGUCCCUCUUUCGGUAGUAGUGCUUAGACAUGGAACUGAUUGUUUCGUUCGUGCGUUUGUUGAGAGAACAAAUCGUAUUAUCGUGAAACUAUCAAAUGCUGUCAUACUUUUUGCACACAUUCGCAGCAAAACAACAAAAAGAAACUUUCAGUUUAGGAAAGAAAGAGGAGGAUGAUAAAAAAGCUCCUCUCCUUGCCCGCCCCAACAAAAACACUGCUUUCCUAUCUUGUGCUCGAAUUCCACUUUUCUUCGCCAAUUGCGAGGUCAUAUCAAAGUCCAAAUUCAAAACGAAUUCUAGCAAUAAAAUGGAACGAACUUUCAAAUUCUGUUGUUUUGUUACUGGUUUUCUACGACAUCCGAAUUUGAGGCGAUCAGUACACGUGUACUUACACAGGUUACGAUCAAGUUCGGAUCCAACAGGUUUCUUCUUCGCUUAUCGCACGUUUUUUCCCUAUUUCCCACAACACGCAGCAGUAUUCAAUUUUCAAAUUUGAAUUUUCAUCUUCUUCGACCACUUCUACGAACGAACCCCCUUUCAUGAUCACGGGUUUCAACAUCAUUUUCAUGUUUUAUUCAAUUUCUUUCUGAAAAAAUAUGGAUAGCAUAAAACUUUAUUAUUUUUGAUUAACUUUAUUCAUAUGUAUAUAGUAAUUCCUUUCGAUAAGAAAAAAGACUAUAGAAAACAAAAUAACAUCAUGUUUCGAAUAAACACUUACUCCGAAUUUCACUGCCUGUUUUCUUCCUCUUUGUUUUUUCGUGCGUUAAAUUUUUGUUUGUUCUUUUUUUUCUUUUUUUUCUCAUACCUUUUUGUUUUCUUUUCUUCAUCCACCAGCUAUAGCUCGGUUUCGCAUAUUAUACCUUCUUACACUACAAUAAUGCUUUCUUGUAUACAGUGUACUAAAUAUAUUAAUGGGGGGAGGGGUGGAUGGGGUAGGGGGGUUGUAUAUGUGUAUAGAGAUAUUGUUGUAUCCAAUAAAACGUAAACCGAUACCCGAUCGAAGGCUCUGACUUCCAUUGUAAAGCAACACAUUUAGCUUCCAUCCUUGCAAGCGACGCGCGGACAAGUUGCUGCCGCCAUGUGUCGCUGGCUGGUUGCGUAGUAAACGCAAUUCGCGCACAACACAUGAGACCCGCCACAACUUCCCUUGCGCACCCACAAAUUGGUUGCUGCAAAUCCAUCCGCAUAAGCACAUAAGUAUGUUUCGUUGAUUGGGAUUAUGUUUCAUUGCUGUGUGUACUUGUUGUUUCUACCGUUUUAAUUUGUUUAUGCGUUUCUGCUAUUCAGGUUAAGUUGUGUUUCACAGGGACAUUGCAUCUCAUUUCAUAAACACUGUUUUUUUGUGUGUCUUGUGGCUAGUUUUGUGACUAAUUGCCCAACCUAAUGCUUGGGGCAUUAACAUUGCCUGCUAAAUAUUGCAUAUCGCAUCGAAUCGUUCGCUUUACACUGCUGUCUCUAGACACACUUCGUCACUUGCUGCUACAUUUGUGCGAAUUAAAGUGAUUAUGGCUCAUAUAUAGCUUGUACUCUACGUUAUUAAGUCUCGCGCUGCUACACAGCAAUUCGGUAAUUAUUGUUUUGUUACAUCAUCAUUGCCACCAUUCUUUAACAGGAGGGCACCAUUACCGUGCAUUCGUUCAGAUCUUGCUGGCAAAUAGCCGACUUUGGGCCGACAAAUGGGCAACUGUUGCCGUGGCAGCAGGGGGACACAGCGUUCGUUCAUACGCGCCACCAAAAAAAAAAAUGAAGAACAUCCAACCAGACCAACGUCAAACCGGAUUACACCAUCCAAAUGCAUCGACCGAGGUGCGCUAACUCAUUAGGGUAGGUCGAAGCAGUAUGUGGGAGAGUGUUAUUAGUUCGUGCCACAAGGGAUGAGACCAACCAAGCGGUCUGGUCUGUGUUUUCUGUACUUUGAUUUGGCACAUCAUUUAUAAUUUUUGGUAAUUGCAAACGGUUGAUCGGAAAGCAGGUUGUUUACUGAGGAAAGAUGUUUGUCGGGCAAAUAUAUCCCUUGCUAUAGCAAUAAUAGGCCUCUCCUGUAUGGUUUCAAAGGUUUUGUUGACAGUCUUUCCGGCGCUGUCGGAGACACUGACUCUUCUUCUACUGUUGCUCUCGGAUGACCCGAUACUAUUUUUAAAACACUAAUUAUGGUGUGGUGUGUAUGCUCAUUUUUCUUGCUUCACUCAAGGCGCAGACACAAACGCAAACUCGCGCAACCAAUGCGCAUUAAUCGACCAUGUCGCCCGGUCUGCAUACCGUCGGUUGUUGUCAGUUUUUCGUUGACGCCUUUCUGAACGAACCACGCAGUAGUAAUGGGCCUCCUUUCCCCCAUCCUGUUUCUUGCCAUCAAACCUUCAUCAAAUAACAUUCAUCAUUCCAAAUGGCGAAUGGCGAUUCGUUGCACUUGAUAGGAUUUAAAGACCUUCCACCGUACGACUCGAAGCGUGACUCAUUUUGGUAUUUCCGGACUAAGUUUGUUGCCCUUUAGUUGUUUGGCUUCUUUCAUAAACUACCAGUAUGGGAGGGCUGCUAGAGUAAAUACAUUGUUUUCUGCUGCUGUUGUUAUGACGAACAUUUGCUCUUUCUCUCUCUGUGUAUAGAGGAAACCGCUGUUCGCUUAUUUCUACAGACCAUAUUGGCUAAGGAAAAACAAUUCUAUUUGUACUGCUAUUUACUGCUGGCUUGUGCUGCUGUUGCUUAUUUCAAUGGCCUUCGUCUGUCCGACUGCAGUUAGCAAAUCAGUUUUACAAAUCGCAAACGCACUUUCAACAUUCUGCCACAAUUAACAUAAUUGUUCGAAAAUGGCAUAGCCGUUCGCACAUGUUCCCUCUGUUCCACUGAAAAUAAAUGGAAGAUUUUGAGCGAAUUUCAUCCUGCUUCUAUAGGCCAUAUCCCACAUACACACAGUACAAUUGAUCCUGAUUCGAAACAAAACAAACAAAAAACCGGUAAAGGAAGCGCUACGCGAUUGGAAUUCUCUCACGGCGCUUUCGUUCGUAAAAUCGGUAAUGAAGCGGGAUUGAGUUUUGACAAAAAUUAAUAUAAUUUUCCUUGAACUCUCUCUCUCACUCCCUCAACGUUCGCGAAAUCUGUUCCCCGUUAAACUUUCGUAUUUGGACUUUUCACGUGAUCAUCGUAUCUCCGCUCACCUGAAAAGGGAAAAGUACGAAAGCAAGGGAAACAUCUCCUCGACACGUCCCAACCUACUACUCCUUGAAGGGUUCCUGGUAGUGUGAAAAUAAAACAACAAAACAAGACCCUACUCACUAAUACAACUAAGCUUUCGUUACUACACACUAUGGCUACACAAAUUUGGGGGUGUUGGGUAAAGGGGAAAAAACAAACCCUACGAUCAAGAACUGUAAACCGCAAUCGUAUCAACGAAGCGCAUAUACCUUCCCUAAAGCACUGCAGCAUUAACAAACAAAA